GCAUCAAUAUCGAGAUCUUGAAGUAGAAUAUGAAGGCUUUCUAUUUCAAUACAAUUAUGCAAGAGCUGAUAUUGAUCAUUACCAAAGUUAUGAAGAUGUCCAAUCAGUUCAAAAUUUUCAGAAUAAUAUAGAAACUUUAGAAGACUUUUAG